AUGGAGUCCUCAACACUGAAGGGUCCCCUUCUUAGAAAGCUGCAAUCUCAAGCAGACGCCUACCACCAGCGCAUACCAUGGAUACGAAAACUUCCCGGUCCAGCAAUAGCGAUCAUCCUGCUGUUGAUUUUCGUCCAGAUCAUCGUUUGGAUUGCGGUGGGCAUAGUCCUACACUUCCACACAGCUCUCAUCUCAACCGCCGUGCUCUCCUACACUCUAGGACUCCGCCACGCCCUAGACGCAGACCACAUUUCCGCCAUUGACCUCAUGACCCGCCGUCUCAUUGCCUCCGGCCAAAGACCAGUCACAGUCGGCACGUUCUUCUCCCUAGGCCACAGCACAAUCGUAAUCGUCACCAGCAUCGUCGUCGCAGCCAGCAGCGCCGCAAUACAAAAACGUUUCGACUCCUUCAGCACCGUAGGCGGCAUCAUCGGCUCCUCAGUCUCCUCCGCCUUCCUCAUAAUCCUAGGCGCAAUGAAUGGUUGGAUCCUCUACAAACUCUGCACCGCGCUCGAACGCGCCAUCGCCGCACCAAUCAACCAAGAAGUAUCCUUAGACAUGACCUUCGAAGGGGGAGGUUGCAUGACAAUGCUCCUAAAACGUACAUUCAAACUCGUCGACCGACCCUGGAAAAUGUAUCCUUUAGGCGUACUUUUCGGCCUAGGUUUCGAUACAUCUUCUGAAAUCGCAUUACUUGGAAUUUCCUCCAUCCAAGCCGCGAAGGGCACUUCGAUCUGGUUAAUCUUAAUCUUCCCGAUUUUAUUCACUUCGGGAAUGUGUCUUCUCGAUACUUUCGAUGGCGCAGCCAUGAUGUCUCUCUACACUUCCGCCCGCUUAGCGAAAGACACCAUCGCCGUCUUAUACUACCAAUGCGUCCUCACAGCCAUCACGGUGUUCGUCGCAGUCACCAUCGGACUCAUACAGCUUUUGACCAUGAUCCAUGCCGUGCGUCCGGAUUUCAGUGGACCUUUUUGGGAGGGCGUGGAUGUUGCGGGAGACAAUUAUGAUAUUAUCGGUGGGAGUAUUUGUGGAAGUUUUGUCGUGUUUGGCAUUUUGUCUGUGGUUUUGUAUAAGCCUUGGAGGAAAGGAGUGGAUCGGAAGAGGGAAGCUAGGCUUUAUGGAACGGAUGAUCAGGUUGGGAGUACAGGGUUGGGUGAGGUUGAGCCAGUGAUUGGUGAGAGCAGUAGAGGUUAG